CAUGGCUUUUAAAGGCCUCCACUCCUAUGUCCUAAGUCUCUGAGUUAUUUCAUUGCAGCGCACUCAAGUUCUCCAUUGAAGCGCACUCAACGUUCUCCAUCGAAGCGUUCUACGUUGAAUCUAAUUCUUGUAUCCCCCAUUGAAGCAGCUUCUAAAUCUUUUUAAUGUCUGGACGAAACUAUGAGAAUGAACCCUUUCUCCUUGGGACCAGGGGGGAUGGGCCUGCUCAGGAGAUUUUUAGGAAAGCCUUGUUAAAUCCCGAGCUGCCCGAAAAAUUUGCCCUUCAAACUGUUCAGGAAGCCAUUAAACCCCAGAGGCAAACAAAGUUAGUUCUGGAUGAAAAUCAGCUGCUAGAAAACAUUCUACGGACAUUACUCCAAGAGUUGGUGGCUUGUGCAGUACAGUCAGGAGAGCCAACCAUGCACUAUGGCCGUUCCAUUGCUGACGGAGAUCUUGCACAGGGUCAAAUUCCUCGCCUUCUUGAUAUUGUAUUGUAUCUCUGUGAGAAGGAACAUGUGGAGGGUGGCAUGAUAUUUCAGCUGUUGGAAGAUUUGACUGAAAUGUCAACCAUGAAGAAUUGCAAAGAUAUUUUUACUUACAUAGAGAGCAAGCAAGACUUACUUGGAAAGCAAGAACUGUUUGCUCGUGGCAAACUUGUGAUGCUGAGGACAUGUAAUCAACUGCUUCGUCGUUUGUCAAAGGCAAAUGAUGUUGUAUUUUGUGGACGGAUUCUUAUGUUUCUGGCACAUUUUUUCCCGCUGUCUGAGCGCUCAGCUGUGAAUAUUAAGGGAGUCUUCAAUACAUCCAAUGAAACAAAGUAUGAGAAAGAAGCUCCAAAUGGCAUUUCUAUUGAUUUCAACUUCUACAAGACAUUCUGGAGUUUGCAGGAGUACUUCUGUAAUCCUCCAUCCUUGACCGUUAAUCCUACAAAGUGGCACAGAUUUACAUCAAGCUUAUCGGUUGUUCUAAAUACCUUUGAGGCUCAACCCUUAAGUGAUGAGGAGGGAAAUGCUAAUAAUCUUGAAGAAGAGGGGGCAGCUGUCAAUAUUAAAUAUCUGACCAGUAGUAAACUGAUGGGUUUGGAGCUGAAAGAUCCUAGUUUCCGGCGUCAUGUUCUUGUACAAUGUUUGAUAUUGUUUGACUAUGUCAAGCCCUCUGGAAAGAGUGACAAAGAUUUACCAUCAGAGGCAAUGAAAGAAGAAAUAAAGACUUAUGAGGAGCGUGUAAAGAAUCUUCUCGAAGUGACACCUCCUAAAGGGAAAGAGUUUCUCUGUAGCAUUGAGCAUAUUCUAGAACGUGAAAAAAAUUGGGUUUGGUGGAAGCGUGAUGGUUGCCCGCCAUUUGAAAAACAACCCAUGGAGAAGAAGGUAGAUGGUACAAAAAAACGUCGACCAAGGUGGAGAUUAGGGAACAAAGAACUUUCUCAGCUGUGGAAAUGGGCUGAUCAGAAUCCGAAUGCUCUCACUGAUCCAGAGCGAGUUAAGACUCCCGCUGUCACAGAUUACUGGAAACCAAUGGCUGAUGAUAUGGAUCCGUCUGCUGGUAUAGAAGCUGAGUACCAUCACAAAAACAAUAAGGUUUAUUGUUGGAAAGGUCUCCGUUUUUCUGCGCGACAGGACUUGGAAGGCUUUUCUAGGUUCACUGAAUUUGGCAUUGAAGGGGUUGUGCCCCUGGAACUUAUGCCUCCUGAAGUAAGGUCCAAGUAUCAGGCAAAGCCAAAUGACAAGUCUAAACGUGUGAAGAAGGAUGAAACUAAGGGUUCUGUACCUCCAUCUGAAGAAAAUCAGGCUAUAAACUCUGUAAGUGAGAUGGAUGGCGAAGGUGGCCAUAAUGAUCUUGAUGCCCCAGCAGCUGCAAUGGACCUGGAUUCAACACCUAUUACUGGUCAAGCUGGCACCCCGACACCAGAUGACUUUCAAAAGCAAAGUUCUGAAUCCCCAGAUGCACAAGAAGCUGGAGAACUUGACGCUGAAGGUGAUCCUGAGCCGGGGUUAAUUGAUGGAGAGACAGAUGCAGAUGUUGAACUAGAGGCAGUAGGUUGAUUUUGCAUAUGACUUUUUCAAAUUGUUUAGACUUUAAAGGUAGUGGAAUUGCUGAACUGGAACUGCAGUGACUUCUCAGCUCACAUCCAUAAUUUGAGAAGCUAGAAUGACUUAUUAUAUCCAUUAUUCAGAGAGCUUUAGCAAGCUGAAUGAAGCAUGGAGUUUAAUUCAUUUAUUUUCUUUUUCGGCUUUGCUUCCAUUAUGAGUUUAACAUAACUAGUUUCUCUACACUCUGUAUAUUUUUGCUUUGAGAUACCUUUGUAAUACUAAACAAGGGGGUAAAGAAAGCUCAUUUUUGUAUAUCUUGAAAAUGUAA